CUAUCUGACGUGGUGCUGUCGACAAGACGACAACAGGGAAAGGCGAUAACCAAAAAUAAAUUACCUUUCUUGUAGUUGUUAGAGAUUAUUUACAGAAACCAAAAUGUUCGACAGCAUAUUUGACGAUGUGAAGCGCAUGAACAAACGGCAGUUCAUCUACCAAGUUCUAAGUUUUGGUAUGAUAGUUUCUUCAGCGCUAAUGAUAUGGAAAGGCCUCAUGGUUGUAACUGGUAGUGAAAGCCCAAUAGUUGUGGUGUUGUCAGGCAGUAUGGAACCUGCGUUCCACAGAGGCGAUUUACUGUUUUUGACGAACUAUCCCGAAGAGCCCGUGCGUGUCGGCGAGAUCGUAGUUUUCAAAGUGGAGGGGCGAGACAUUCCAAUUGUUCACAGGGUUCUAAAGCUUCACGAAAAGAAUAACGGUACAGUAAAGUUCCUGACAAAAGGUGAUAACAAUAGUGUGGACGACAGAGGAUUAUACGCCCAGGGUCAGUUGUGGCUUACCAAGAAGGAUGUUGUGGGUCGUGCAAGAGGUUUUCUACCUUACGUUGGCAUGGUGACCAUAUAUAUGAACGAAUAUCCUAAGUUUAAGUUUGCGGUCCUGGCGUGUUUAGCAAUGUAUGUGCUCGUACAUCGGGAGUGACAGCAUUAAUCUGAUCUGAAGUGUUGUAAGAUGGCCAUCUCUGGAGGAGAUACAUUGGCUCUGUGGAUGUAUUUAAUUUUAUGAUUAAAUGAACGUUCUCUCUAGUGUUACAUCAUUAUAUUUAUUUUACUUAAAUAUACUGUUAAACUCUUACUUGUA